AUGGUUAAAAUCGUUGCAAAUUAUGAAAUUAUGCGAACGUUGGGACAAGGAAAAUACUCCAAAGUCAAGUUUGGGAGAGAUUUGGAGACGGGAGAAACGUAUGCGAUUAAGAUUAUGAAUUUGAAUUAUAUAAAAAAGGAACAGAUGGAAACGCAAUUGAAACGAGAAAUUGCAAUCAUGAAAAUUAUGAAACACCCGAAUAUUGUAAAAUUGAAGGAAGUACUACAAACGGAGAAUAACAUGUAUGUCAUCAUGGAAUUGGUAACGGGAGGAGAGCUAUUUGAUCGUAUUGUGGCUGCGGAGAAGUUCGAUGAAAUUACUGCAAGGCGAUAUUUCCAUCAACUUGUUUCUGCAGUCGAAUAUUGCCAUAAUCAAGGAAUUGCGCACCGAGAUUUGAAACCUGAAAAUUUAUUAUUGGAUUCGACGGAUCGACUCAAAAUUACCGACUUCGGGCUUAGUAGUAUAGUACCAAACAAGCUCGGAAAGUCACAACUUUUGAAAACAACUUGCGGAACACCCAACUACGUCUCACCUGAAGUUAUCAAAGAAAAAGGUUAUGACGGUUUCAUUUCAGAUAUAUGGUCACUUGGAGUAAUUCUUUAUGUCAUGCUCACUGGACGACUACCCUUUGAUGACAGGAAUAUUAAUGUAUUAUUUAAAAAAAUAGAGAGUGGAAAGGUGGACUAUCCAAUUCACCUAUCGAAAGAAGCAAAACAUUUGAUCUCGCACAUGCUACAGGUCAACCCAAAGAAAAGAUAUACAAUUGCACAGAUCAAGGCUUCCAAAUGGUUCCAAAUAGGAUAUAAGGAAGAAUAUUCUGUGAUCAUGCCACAACCACAACCUAAAAUAGAAUUGUCGAAUUCUGACAUUAAGAACGCCGUGAAAGACAGUUUUUACAAGGAAGUUGAUCAGCUUCCGCAGAAUUCGACACAAAAAUCUCCACCUGAGGUUCGAAUGAAUGCUUUUGAUUUAGCGUCACAAUUUGUCAUGGGAUCUAUUUCAAAGAUGGCUACGGGUCAGGAUGCGCUUCUCAUUAGGAGACAGACGAGAUUGGUGGCUCUCGGACAAAUUGAAGAAAUAUCAGAAAAAGUGUUUCAAAUUUUGAAAAACGAGCGAGCAAACCCAAAAUUUAAGGGAACAAACCUUAUCAAAUGUUACAUGAAUAUGGCGGAUACUGUAAUUACCAUGAAUGUUGCAAUUUUGAAAACUGUUUCAGAUUCUUUGUUAAUUAUUGAAUUCAGAAGAGGCAAAGGCAACUUUUUAGCGUUUCAUCAAUUUUUCAGGCAUGUCGCUUCGAAAAUGUCAGAUUUUGUUGUUUCAGCAAAUUCGCAACCUAAAACAGAACCUCAAACGCAACAGCAGGCAUCGUCUUCCUCUCCCCAAGGCUCAGCUGUCGACCCUCAAAAACAAUAA